CGCAACCCAACCGAAUCAAGCGAGUGGCCGAUGCGACGUUUUCGUCAGGAUUCGUCCCUCUUCACCACCGCCACCGUUCUACCUCUUCCCCCACUCGAUUCCUCGUCGAUCGCGCUUCGCCCUACGCUUCCCCAAACACUCUCCCCCGUCCCAAUCGCGAUUCCGAAGGGUACACAUAUCAGGGAUUUAGCUCUUCGAUCGGUGUCCUAAUUUGUUGUAUUGAUAGCGAGAGCUUUGAUUGAACGUGCAGUAAGUUUUGAUGAGAAGAUAUAAUGUAUCUGUAUAUUUGAAUGUGGAGAAAAGUUGCUAUGGUCCGAUUCUCUCGCAAACCAACAUGAUUGAGAAUCUUCAAUGCAUUAUGAUGUAAUUUUUUUUUUUGUUUGUGGCAUUUCCAUUGUUCUUUCUUCUUUAUUAUUUUUACCAUUCUGUUGCUGUCUAAGUGCCCUAACUACUCGCAGAAAAUCCACUUUUCAAGUUUGGAUGUGCUUUCCAUCAGCGUAGUCUUUUGGGGCAUCGAUUCCUUGAGUUAAUGCGCCUAUCUAUAAGUAUCUAUAAGUAUCAUUAUUAUUGGAAUUUGAUGAAUUUGACGGCUUAAUGGCUCGGAAGCAACACAUUGCAAUUUUUACUACUGCAAGCCUUCCAUGGAUGACGGGGACAGCCGUCAACCCCUUGUUUCGUGCUGCCUAUCUUGCAAAGGAGGGUGAUAGAGAGGUUUCUUUGGUGAUUCCUUGGCUGUCUAUUAAGGAUCAAGAAUUAGUCUAUCCAAACAAAAUCACAUUUAAAAUCCCGUUGGAGCAAGAGGCCUUUGUUCGGAAAUGGCUUGAAGAAAGGACCGGUAUGGUGUCUAGGUUCAAUAUAAGCUUUUAUGCAGGAAAGUUUUCGAAGGAGAAAAGAAGCAUUCUACCUGUUGGAGAUAUCACUGAAACUAUUCCCGAUGAAGUUGCAGAUAUUGCUGUACUGGAGGAGCCCGAGCAUCUUACAUGGUACCAUCACGGAAAGAGAUGGAAAGUUAAAUUCCGGAGAGUGAUAGGUGUCGUUCACACCAACUAUUUGGCUUAUGUAAAGAGAGAGAAGAAUGGGCUUAUACAAGCCUUUCUCUUGAAACAUGUCAAUGCUUGGGUUAUCGAUAUAUACUGCCACAAGGUUGUAAGGUUAUCAGCUGCUACUCAGGAUCUACCGAGAUCUAUAAUAUGCAACGUCCAUGGUGUCAACCCAAAAUUCCUCGAGGUUGGCAAGUAUAAGCAAGAACAGCAACAAAGAGGAGAACAAGCCUUCAGAAAGGGUGCUUACUACAUUGGCAAGAUGAUCUGGAGUAAAGGCUACAGCGAGCUACUUCAAUUACUCUCUGAAAACCAGGAUGAACUAUCUGCCCUUCAGAUGGAGUUAUACGGAAAUGGAGAAGACUCUGAUCAAGUUCGAGAAUCAGCUAAAAAAUUGGAGCUGGAUAUAAGAAUUUAUCCUGGUCGUGAUCACGUGGAUCCUAUAUUUCAUGAGUACAAGGUGUUCAUAAACCCUAGCACGACUGAUGUGGUUUGCACAACAACUGCAGAAGCCUUGGCGAUGGGCAAAAUCGUAAUCUGUGCAAACCAUCCUUCCAACGACUUUUUUAAGCGAUUUCCUAAUUGCCAUAUGUACAAUACAGGCGACGAGUUUGUGAAACUAACCCUAAAAGCCUUAGCUGAGGAGCCUGUGCCACUUACAGAUGAGUUACGACAUGAGCUUUCAUGGGAAGCUGCAACAGAGAGAUUUGUGAGGGUUGCUGAGCUGGACUUUGCUGUUUCCGAAAAGCCACUUCCGUCCGCUUCGCAACGUUUCAUGUAUAUCUCUUCUGAUGAAGUAAGGAAAAACAUAGAGGAAGCAUCAGCAAUAAUACACCAUACUGUCUCGGGAAUUGAGGCGGCGCGCUGUGCCUUCGGUGCAAUACCAAAGACUUUGCGGCCGGAUGAGCAGCAGUGUAGGGAGCUUGGACUGGCUUUCCCAGGACAAUAGGUCUUUUCCUAGGGAUGAAAUGGUUCUUCUUAUACGUGAGUAGAGUAGUUGGCUCGGCUGUCUUGAGGAGAAUGCACAAGAGUUGUUUUUAGGGGAUUUUCUUGGUAACAGAAAUUCCUUAAUUAGCUCUGUAUGACCCUUUUUUCAGUAGAUUUUAAGCAGAAAAGAUGAUCAAAGAAUGAGAAGGUGUGUUGUUCCUUUGUUCCUCACACAUUGUGUUUCACUGUAGAUGAUAUCUAUUGUAAUUCCGCGUUCUAUAUUUUUCUGCACCCAUAUAUCAUUGAUUUGUAUGGCAAGUUGUACAGUUGAUAUUUAAGUGGCUUAAUCACCCUUUCAAGAAGCACAUUUCAGGAUUUCA